CUUCUAGGAGAAAAUGUAAAUUCGUUUCAAUUGCUUUUUCCUAUAUUUAUUCUUAUAGCUUCGUUUCAAGUCGAACAUGCCGAUAAAUCGCGGUGCUGGCCACUGUUCUUUUAGUGCUGAAGCAACUAAAGUCUCAAAAUUCGUGCGGCAUAAAACAAUGCCGAUUUCGUUGUUAGCAUAAAACAGGUCAAUUGAUCACAUAUGGUGUAGCUUUCUUUGAGCUAAACCUUCCAAACACUCACUAGACAGCUGAAGUUUAGCACAAAAGAACCGCAAUAGGUGAACAAAGGUAGCAACAACACUAAUUUUGUAGGCCCUCAGAAUUGCUUCCCAAAAUGUCAUUAACACAUUUCAGGAAGUUCAUUUCAAGGCAAUAGCUUUAUAAAAUGAAAAAUUCAGCUGUGUUUGAUAUUUAAGGCAGUGAGCACCAGUUGAGAAUCACCAAGUUAAUCAAUAGCAGGAGAACAUAAACAUGAGUGCAGUGGACAUUGAACACAUUGCAGCCAAAGAUGGAUUCGAAGGAGACGCUAAUGAUUUAGUAGAUGUGACAAUUGAAGAGAAAUCUAAAAACAUUGUUGUAAUUGAUGAUGAACUGUCUGUUCAGGAGCAGAAAGACUCCUCUGAGGAUUCAAUGAAGGAUCAGCAACUAGUCAUUUUGGAUAGUGACUCAGAGGAGGCCAGCGCCAACACUGAGGAAUCAGAGGCUCCUGAGGUGCAGAUACCAGCUGAAGGGACGCGUAAAGAAGAUAAUGAUGGAGCAGUUGCUAUGAAACAUGACGAUGAGGAAAAAUUUGUAAGCAACGAGGUCAUGACUCCUGACUCUACAAGCAAAGAAUUAAAAUCACCAGCAAGAAAUACACCUAACCUUAAUGUUACUCUUAAAGAGGCCCGUGAGAUGCUUGGCACCAGAUCACUGGGAAGAACUCGUUCGCAGGACAGAAAGCGGACACUGAAAAGAGCCAGCUCGUCUCCCAAAGCGACCCCAAAAAGUGGAAAGGGCGGGAAGAGAAAACGAAAUUGAUAUGGCCAUUGUACACAUAGGCCUUUUGGAAGAAUAAUUGUGAACGAAGCCUUAAACUAUUAUUCAUUUGAGUUAAAAAAACUAAAGACGUUAAAAACAAAGUAAAGUAUGCAUUGAAAAUGUAAAGUUAACACAGGAUGGCACAUUGAAACCCAAAACCAUACCAUAAAAUUCAAAAGCCUUCGAUAUUUUCAGAGGACAAAUUCAAAAUAUUGUUCUCUGUGUCGUUAAGUAUCAUUAAAAUAUCAUGGAUGUCAUCACAUCGUCAGACAUUCAGCAUUAUCACCAUCCCUGUCAUGACUACUUCCAACGGCAUCAUCAUCAUCGUCAUCAUCAUCAUCAUCAUCAAUCAGCAUCAUCAUGAACAUCAUAAUCAUCAUAAUCAUCAUCAUCAAUCAGCAUCAUAAUCAUCAUCAUCAGCAUCAUCAGCAUCAUCAUCAUCAUCAUAAUCAUCAUCAUCAGCAUCAUAAUCAUCAUCGUCAUCAUCGUCAUCAUCAUCAUCAUCAUCAUCAUUACCAUCAUCGUCAUCAUCGUCAUAAUCAUCAUCAUCAUCAUCAUCAUCAUCAUUACCAUCAUCGUCAUAAUCAUCAUCAUCAUCAUCAUCAUCAUCAUCAUCAUCAUCAUCAUCAUCAUCAUUACCAUCAUCGUCAUAAUCGUCAUCAUCGUCAUCAUCGUCAUCAUCGUCAUCAUCGUCAUCAUUAUCAUCAUCAUCAUCAUCAUCAUCAUCAUCAUCAUCAUCAUCAUCAUCAUCAGCAUCAUCAAUCAGCAUCAUCAAUCAGCAUCAUAAUCAUCAUAAUCAUCAUCAUAAUCAUCAUCAUCAUCAUCAUCAUCAUCAUCACCAUCACCAUCACCAUCGCUUGUGUUGUUUCAUUAGAUUUCUCGGUAAAAGAAUAACGAUAUAGUCAGUAUUUGUAUGAACGUGAACGUAAUAGUUUUCAAUUAGUUAGAAUAUCUUGGUUUUUAUAAAGUAAACAUAGUUCCUGAAGCAGCCUUAACGCACUUAGUUCUAUUUAGACUAGCUUGAACUCUUAAAUAUUAAUUACAUCUUUUAGCAUUUAUUUUUAGUGAACAUAGAAAGAAGAUUUUAACAGAGGGUACAGACUUUGCAGGAUAAAUCAUAAAGUUAUGUUAGUUGGUACAUUGCCUAGCAAUGAAUUUGAUAACAAAUGUCUGGGAGA